CGCAUACGGAUUCAGUUCUUGUUACAGCCGCCAAUCCUUGACGUGCAACAUGGAUUCCGAUGAUGAACAAAAGAUGGCCAUGCUGCGUAAAGCAUUCCAGAUGUUUGACACCACGAAGUCUGGUUACAUCGACGUGCUGAAGAUCUCCACCAUUCUCAACACAAUGGGACAGCUAUUCGAUGACUCAGAACUUCAAGCACUCAUCGAUGAAAACGAUCCGGAAAACAGUGGGAAGAUCAACUUUGAUGGCUUCUGUAAUAUUGCUUCCCAUUUCCUUGAAGAGGAAGACGCUGAAGCCAUGCAACAAGAACUGAAAGAAGCUUUCAGAUUAUACGACCGUGAAGGUAACGGUUACAUCACCACUUCAACACUGAAAGAGAUCCUGGCCGCUCUUGACGAUAAACUCAGCAACGCUGAUCUUGACGGCAUCAUUGCUGAAAUUGACACUGACGGCUCAGGAACUGUGGACUUUGAUGAGUUCAUGGAGAUGAUGACUGGAGACUAAGCCCAGAGAAGCAAGGAUUCACAAUAGUAUUAUUAUGAUUAGUAUUUAUUUUGUAAAUUGUAUUAAAAAUAACUAAGACUUCAAUACUAGUACAAAUCGAAUGCGGUAUUAGCAUGGUUGUAUAAACUGAAAGAAAAAAAUUAAAUACGUACCGAUUUUGUCUAUCUUGUAGAAAUGUGCUUGUUAUUUAUGUACCUGCAUCAUGUAGGUCACGAACGUAUUUGAAUUCGUUCCAAAGAGUUAUUUUUGGAAUAAUUCACUAGUGACGAGUUUUUUUUUUUUUGCAUUGUAAUCAACUUAAUGCUAAUAUUUAUAACGCAUUGCACCUUUACUUCAAGAAUAACUUUUAAGAUUCCUACAAUACAAAAAUAGUCAUUUUU